CAGUCGAGACAUUAUCACUCUGCCACAGUGGAUACGUCAGACUCAAAGUUUACCACGCACUGAAAUGAAUGCGUGUGUAUCUAGUCGGAGACCCUCUGCCCUACUUUUAUUGCCUGAUGCUGCUGCGCUCGGAUGAGGAAUAUCCCACAAUGCCCUCAUGGACGAAGCCGCGGAUGCCUGCAGCUGUUGUAGUCGCGCAGACAGACACACACAUUUCCACAGUCCGCCGACCGUCUGCGUGUGCGUGACCGUGCGUGGAAGCUUUCCGCCUGGCCCGGACAGAUAGACAAAUAGAUAGACAGAUAGACAAAUAGAUAGACAAGAUUGACAAGAGAGACAAAUAGAUAGACAAGAUUGACAAGAUUGACAAGAUAGACAAAUAGAUAGACAGAUAGAUAGACAGAUAGAUACUUUAUUCAUAUCCCAUGAGAGACAUUGCAGGGGACAUUGGAAAGGAUUUUUAAGCGCCGGAGCAGCGAGGGGGGUCCACUCGCUGCCUACCGGAGAAUGAUGGACCCCCUGGCCGACAGACGCACGUCUCAGGCGGAGCGCUGCAGCAGAGGAGCCGCCGGUGGAGAAUUAGCGGACGAUCAGCCGCGCGGCUGCGGGAGAGACACGGCGAUUGGCGGCAGCGACAGACUGAGCAGCCUCGUUGACAUGGAAGACUCGCUGGAGGAGAAGCUGAAAGGACUGGCGUUUAGGAAACAGAUCUCUUAUAGGAAAGCCAUCUCACGGUCGGGCCUCCAGCAUUUGGGCCCAUCCCAGAACCCUUUCCCUGACCUGAGCAAUGGACCAGCCAAGGAGCUCCGCACCAGCAUGGACUGGAGUGAGAACGCAGUGAAUGGAGACCACCUGUGGCUGGAGACAAACUGCUCCGGGGACCUCUGUUACCUGGGCGAGGAGACGUGCGUGGUCAAGAGUGCAAAGUCUGCUCCCCGGAGGAAGUGUGCAGCCUGUAAGAUCGUCGUCCAUACUGCCUGUAUUGAGGAGCUUGACAAGAUCAACUUCCGCUGCAAACCCACCUUUAGAGAAGGCGGCUCACGAUGCUUUAGAGAUAAUGAACCCUUGUUGGCACAUUUACAUGUGACCCGUUGUGUCUGUUUGCGACAGCAGAAUGUAUUGCGACAUCACUGGGUUCACCGACGGCGGCAGGAGGGGAAGUGUCGUCAUUGCGGCAAAAGUUUUCCACAGAAGUUCUUCUACAGUAAGGAAAUUGUUGCCAUCAGUUGUUCCUGGUGCAAGCAGGCAUUCCACAACAAGGUGACGUGCUUCAUGCUGCAUCAGAUCGAGGAGCCGUGUUCGCUGGGAGCUCACGCCGGGGUCAUCAUCCCUCCUUCCUGGAUCAUCAAAGUCAAGAAACCGCAGAGCUCAAUUAAAAACUCUACUCGAAGGAAAAAGCGGACGUCGUUCAAAAGAAGAACCAGCAAAAAGGGCACAGAUGAAUCAAAAUGGCGCCCAUUCAUGUUGAAGCCACUGCCCUCCCCACUGAUGAAACCAGUGCUGGUGUUUGUCAACCCCAAGAGUGGAGGAAACCAGGGGACUAAGCUGCUACAGAUGUUCAUGUGGAUUUUGAACCCUCGGCAGGUGUUUGAUCUGUCUCAGGGUGGACCGAGAGAAGCGUUGGAAUUAUACAGGAAAGUGCCAAAUCUUCGCAUCCUUGCCUGUGGAGGAGAUGGAACGGUGGGCUGGAUUCUUUCAGCUUUAGAUGAACUACAAAUGAAUCCACAACCUCCUGUAGCUGUGCUUCCUCUUGGUACAGGAAAUGACUUGGCCAGGACACUCAACUGGGGCGGGGGUUAUACAGAUGAGCCGGUGUCUAAGAUCUUGUGUCAGGUGGAGGACGGUACCGUUGUCCAAUUGGACCGAUGGAAUCUGCAGGUGGAGGGCUUGUCUGUACAGCCGGAGGAGGGAACGCAGAAGCUUCCUCUCAAUGUGUUCAAUAAUUACUUCAGCCUCGGCUUUGAUGCUCAUGUGACGCUGGAGUUCCACGAGUCGAGAGAAGCCAACCCCGAGAAAUUCAACAGUCGCUUCCGUAACAAGAUGUUCUAUGCAGGGGCUGCUUUCUCUGACUUUCUCCAGCGGAGCUCCAGGGACCUGUCGAAGCAUGUCAGAGUGUUGUGCGAUGGCACAGAUCUCACACCCAAGAUUCAAGAGCUGAAGUUCCAGUGCAUCGUCUUCUUGAAUAUUCCCAGGUACUGUGCUGGCACCAUGCCUUGGGGCAACACAGGUGACCACAGAGAUUUCGAACCUCAGAGACAUGACGACGGGUGCAUCGAGGUGAUCGGGUUCACUAUGGCCUCCCUGGCGGCGCUGCAGGUGGGCGGUCACGGUGAACGUCUCCAUCAGUGCAGGGAGGUCGUCCUCACCACCUUCAAGACGCUGCCCGUGCAGGUGGAUGGCGAGCCGUGUCGCCUUGCGCCCUCCACACUGCGCAUAUCACUGCGGAACCAGGCCAAUAUGGUGCAGAAAAGCAAGAGACGCACAUCUGUGCCUCUGCUGAACGACAUUCAGAAAGUGUGCGCAGCUGACCUGCGCCGUCUCUCUGCUCCCCCCGAUUCCUUCUCUGUCCCACAUGCAGUCCCUGAACGUCUGCGACUACGUGUGAACCGCAUCUGCCUGCACGAAUAUGAGAGCAUGCAAUUCGACAAGGAGCGACUGCGGGACAUCUCUACUCCAGUUGGCAUCGUGGUGGUAAGAGGAGACUGCGACCUAGAAACAUGUCGACUCUACAUUGACAGACUGCAGGAGGAUUUGAAUCAAGCGCCCUCUACUGGCCACAGAGUGCAUUACCAGGAUGAGACCACAAGCUUGCCACGGCCUAGUUCGGCACACAGACUUUCCCCCAGCUGGAGUUUCCUGGACUCUACUUCAGCUGACCGGUUUUAUCGCAUAGACAAGGCUCAGGAGCAUCUGCACUUUGUGACUGAAAUUUGCCAGGAUGAGGUUUUUAUCUUGGACCACGAGGCCCCACCUUUGAUCCAGGUACAAGUACCUGGAAUGCCAGACGUGGUGGUGGAACCCAGCUCCAGGUCAGAAUCAGCCCAGAUGUCAUUUAUACCUUUUCUUUCUGUUUCUGCAAAAACAAAUGAUGUUUACUUAUUUUCUUUGCUAUUGUUUCCUUAUUGCAGCGUUCCCCUGACUUUAGAGGAACAAGCUCUUUUAUCCGCUGCAACCAAAGGAGAUCUGCCAAUGGUGUCGAGUUCUUGCAGCAGUGGGGUCAGUUUGUUAGUACGGGACUCUGUGGGCUGCACUGCUUUGCACCUGGCUGCUCAACAUGGCCACACUGAGCUAGUGAGUUUCAUUCUUGAACACGGUUCAAAGCUGAUGUUGGAUUUAACUGAAAGAGAAACAGGUGACACGGCACUUCACAGAGCAGCUUCCCAACAACAUCAUGAGGUGUGCAGACAUCUGCUGGAGGCGGGGGCUUCCCUCAACAAAACAAACUUCCUGGGGAAAACUCCUAAGGACUGUGCCCUGGAUGUAGGGAACUCUGAGCUGGCAUCAUUCCUGGAGAGCCAACUGUUAGAUCAGCCCACUGCACAUGAGGAUCUGGAAACGGCUGUAUGAACGGCUCAUCUGCACCCGGUGGAAUAUAUUUGUACCCGCACACAGGGGUUGUCGGCACUCCUCCGAGCAUUAGAGUACGCUCACACUCACAGAGAGAAAGAACAAGAGGGCGUGAGGAAGAAAAGAGAAACAGAAAGGGAGAAACAGGUGUUUCGAGAAAGGCCCAGGCUGUUCCUGUCUUUGAAAAAGACCUCGAUCAACAGGAAGCGUCAAGCUGUUUGUUUUCCACUGAUGUCACUGUAGGAGUGUUUUAAAUAGGCUUUGUCCUAGCAUUUAUUUAUUUAUUGCUCUUAUUUAUUAAACUGUUUAUUCAAAAUGAAUAUGAUUUUAAGGUAAAAAGCCUGUGCAAACAUGGAUCACAAGUUAGACGAGACGUAUUUAAACAUGCCAGAAAUGAAGGCUUUUGUGAACUUUCAUGCAUCACGUUGUGUGCCAAAGACAAACGGGGAAGAACUGAGAUUAUUGAAGAGGUUCUUCAUUGGUUUAGAGUUUAAGGGAGGAACUUGGGGUACACGAGAGCAUGAACGAUGGGAAAAAUGAUACGAUUUUAAACUGGAAACCCCAAGGCUGAGACUGAAAUCUACAGUACAUAAGACUUUACAUAUUCUGAUAUUUUUCAUGUGUUUGUGUGCCGUUACAGUGUGUGAUUGUGAAAAUAUCUUCGGAAACUGAGAAAACAUCUGAGCCAUAUUCAGUGCAAUAUGAAUGGAUGACAUUUGUGCAUUUAUCUAUUUAAUAUUACAUUACAUUAAUGUUUCAAGGAAUCACGGAAGUGUGCAGUUUUCCCACUGAUGGCAGCUGAUUGGUUUUUCUCCUUUGGCUCGUAUGAAAUGCCAAGUUGCAGAUCAUGAUCAUGUUUAGAAUGAAUAAACCAAAUGAAGGCAAGAAAAACCCUUGGGACAGUGACAAGAGAUAAAGUGGUAUUCCUGACACUUUGUGUUCACAUUGUCUUGUAUCACGUCAUCACAGAAAUAACCACAGAUGUGUCUGCAUGAAAACGGCUGUCCAUAGGACCACACUGAGCCUUUGAUAGAUGGCUUUACGUAUGAGUGAUCUGCUGUGAUAUCUCGUAUUAUCAGUUGAGAUUUUAAAGCAUUAUUGUGCAUGGGAUUUGGUUACCUCUCUCUGUAAUUAUGUAAUGAAAUGGCAUUAUUUCUCUUUUUUUAUUUAAAGUUAUGGAACAUAUAAAUGGUUCAGUAGUUGUAUUUUGCUUUAUCUUUUAAAAGAUGGGACUACUUGAAUGUUUUUAUUUUCUCAUUUCUAAAUAUCUAUUUAAAUGUAUGAGAUCACACUAUUUGAGCAGACUUUGUGGGCACAUUUACAGAAUGUAGAACUGUGACAAAUCAAUUCUGGGAAUGCUGUCUCAUUAAAGGUCUCAGAUA